AUGCUACCUGGCAAUCUGCUGAGCAAUGGUGCGAACAGCAAUCUCUAUGUUGCUGGCCUGCCUCCGAGUACCAGUGAAGACACACUGCGGCAGCUGUUCAAUAAUUUCGGUGAUGUAGCUUCAGUGCGAACUUUUUUUGGCAAGACGCCACAAGCUCCAAGCUACGGCUUCGUGAAGUUUCGGUAUGAUGCCCAGGCUCUAGCUGCCAUCGCUGGCAUGAAUGGGCGCGACUUCAAUGGGCACACGAUGACCGUCCGCCUGGCGAACAAUGACACCACGGGGCCAUAUCCUAGGAGCGCUCCGCCCCCUUCGACCACGCCCACGGUCGGAGGGACGAACCUCUACGUGUCGGGCUUGCCCCCUGACAUGGACGAAAAUGGCAUGAAGGACUUGUUUCGAAAAUUCGGAAAUGUCGUUUCCGUCAAGCUUGCCAGGGAGGCACGAAUAUACAAGCAGUACGGCUUCGUGCACUACACUAGUCCGGAUGAAGCAGAAGCUGCGAUCAACGCCAUGAACAACAGGAUCAUCGAUCGGGAUUAUCAGCUGACGGUGAAGUAUGCGAACAGCUCCGAGCGGGCCUGGCAGAUGAGAGAGCAGGCAGCAACGCAGGCAGCAAUGGCAAACAAUCCGGCAGCAGCCGUGGUCGCUGUGGCUCAAGCCCUGGCAGCUGCAGCGGCUGCAGCAGCGCCCGUGGCCUCUGGUGCCGCAGGCGAGGAGGACCGCUCGCGGCCUGGCUUCACACUGCACGUCACCGGGCUUCCACAAGGCACCUCCAAAGAGCAGCUGGAAAGCUUCUUUGCCGCGUUCGGCCAGGUCACUGCCAAGGUGUUGGACGAUGGCAUGGCUAGCGGCAAAGCUGUCGCUCUCUUGCGACUCAUGUCGCGAGACGAGGCAGAUCGAUUGGUCAUGGAAUACAACGGGAAGGUCUUGCCAGGCCUCGAGGCUCCCCUCUCCGUGCGCCUGGCGGCCGCCGGGCCGGAGCCCGCCGGGGCCCACCAUGGCCCCGGCCCCGGCGGCUCCGAGCGCUACGAGCCCUACGGGAAGGGGGGUCAGGGCGGUCUGGAAGCCGUGAGCCAACCCGGCUCCACUUCAGCGCCGCGCGAGAUGCGCUACCCGAGCCCAGCGAGCUCUGAGUUCAUGGUGGCCGUCAGCGAGACCGUGUCUCGAGUCAAGGGUUUCAGGCCAGUCCUGGCCCACACCAUGGAUCCAACGAACCUCUACAUCAAGGGGUUGCCGAACAACGCCGAUGAGCUGUACCUGUACUCCAUCUUCUCGCCAUUUGGAGCCAUCCAGAGUGUUCGGCUCCUGAGAGAUGGAGCGGGGGCAUGCACCGGUGCUGCACUCCUGAAGUUCGGCAUCACAGAAGACGCAGAGCUGGCCAUUCGAACCAUCUCCGGCAACAAGUUGCCCGAUGGUGUAGUCUUGGAUGUGACCGUCAAGACGGUGCGAUCUUAG